UCGAAAAAAACAAAACAAAAACAAAAAAGAGAAGGUUAACUCAUUUCAAAACAUGGACUAAAUACUAUCAAAGACAUUAGAGGUCAAAUGCAUGUUUGUUCAGCAGUCAGACUCCCUCUGAAGGUGAAAGUGACUGUACAUCUACUGAUUGUCUUUUUGUUGUUGUUUUUUUUUGCAACAAUAUGGCCAAGAUUAAUAAAAGAGGCUGCGUUCUUAAAAUCCUCAUUCUUUUCUUUUCAUGUUUUCAUGUCUAUGUUUUUUUUUUCCUUUGAUUAGAUCAUCUGGUUCAGCAGCCAGUCUGCAUAUUGCAGUCAGAACACGUUGGACUUGCUGUUUGUUCUGGUGCUCUGGUGCGUCUGUCUGUGUGUGCGUGUUAGAAAGAAGGACGGGGGUGUACGGAAAGCCUCAUACACAAGACUAGAGAGAAUCAGUAAGCGGGGGAGAGAGAAAAGACAGAAAGCGGAAGGAUCUUUCUCAGAAUUAACAAAAAAUCAGCAGCUGAAUGAUCCCUCAGUCUUCUCCGGAGAGGUUGUUAACAGUGGUUUCAUCUUGAAGAGAUCCCCAUUGACGAGAUGCACACUCCAGCAUCCAUGCUGAUGGGGGUGGUGUUCGCCCCUCUAGGCCUCGUGCUGGUGUUCACUGCUGCCAUCACGCCACAGUGGAGAGAAGGUCAGGCGCGGCUGGGUGCUGCUGGAAAGGGCGGGGCAACAGAGCUCCUCCUACUCCGCUCAGAUGGCCUAUGGGAGAGCUGCCUGCAGGUGGUGCACUCUGAGGUCAAAGAAUGCUGGCCUGUGUCAGGGUCCUACCAGCGGGACUCUCGGGUCCGGAUGGUCCAGGGCAUGGUACUGUCGUCUCUCUUCCUUUGCGGAGCAGGGAUCGUGCUCGCCAGCAUUGGUGUCCGUUGCUGGACUGAUAUCCCGCUGAGGAGUGUAGCGGCAGCUGGUGGCCUGUUGGUGGCGCUGGCUGGUGUGCUCAGCCUGGCUGCAUUAGGAGUGUACACUCGCCAUCUUUCCAAGCUGGGGAUUGAUGUGGAUUCAAAUUUAUCAGAGACGCAAGGACUUAAUGCGCACAAGCCACCCCGACUAACUCUACACCCAGCUGGAUCGCUGUACUUCGGGUGGGUGGGAGCUUGUGUACAGGUGCUGGGAGGGAUUGCACUGCUCUACGGGUUCAAAGACAUGAAGUGUUCAUUCUGCCGCAAACAGAGACUCAAGGACAGUACAGAGAUGUAUGCGGUGAACUGUUAGAUGGACCAAACAUUUCAGAGGACUCAAGAGACUCUUAGGGGGCUUUCAUGCUAGAAUAUUUGUGUCAAGAGUUUGGAUCAGGGUUGUCCAAAGUUGGUCCUGGAGGGUGCCUGCCUGUCCUGCAGACUUUAGCUCCAACACACCUGUAUUGAAGGUACUACUAAGCCCAGCAAGACCUUGAUUAGCUGCUUCACCUUAUUCUUCAUGUACAAGUGGGCACAGCCAUUUGAAUCUUUUUGGCUCGAGACUUCCUGUCUCAUUCAGUUCCAUUCAAUUUCAGACGUUAAAGCUUGUUAUGCUGCUUGAUGUUGCAAACUGACAUUUUCUUAUUAUAUUAUUCUGCUUUGUCUGUUUAGUCAUGAACACACUUGUUUGUAGAGCAAGUAGUUUAACAGUUUUUUUUUUCCGUUUAUCAUUCCUAGUAAUUUCUCCCAACAGUUCUGAAACAAUUGAAAAAACGAGCGCACUUCCACAUUGAAGAAUAAGGUCAAUAGGGUUGGAGCUAAAAUAUGCUGGUCAGAGGCCUUCCAGGACCUGUGUGGCCAUCUGUGAACUGUGUGGACUGGGAUAUGGGGUAUAUAAACUCUGUUAGGGUUCACUUCUAAUGUGAACAGAAUUAUACUAUUAUUGGUAUGAAUUGGUGGUUAUUCGUUUACUCACUUGGUUUCCUGACACACUGAAAGAAGAUUUGACCUCAUUUCUGCUUUCAGAAUUAGCAUUAAAUGUAUGAUAAGUGUACAUGUUCCAUUUUAUAAUGGUGCUUACUUGGGAAACAAGCUGCGGUCACACUGCACUUUUCUCCCCAUAGACUUCCAUUUAUACACACGCAAAUAUGUAAGACCGGAAACGGCAGCUCGUGCGACAAGUUUCGCAGUUCACUGCAUUGAAAAGUUCAAGCUUGGUGAACUCUGCCCUGCAAAAUCUCAUCACAUGAUUGCGUGAGACCAAUCGAAGGCCUCUCUGGAUAGAAAUUUAAAACAUCGGUCAAUUGCUUGCUUUUUUAGUGUCUAAUCAUUAGAGGUGUGAACCUAUACUGGUCUCACGGUUCGGUUCGGUUACGAUUAUCAUGCCUUCGAUUCGGUUCAAUUCGAUA